GUGCAGUUUUUUUGUUGUUGUUGUUUUCUCCCUUUGCAUCGACGGGGGUGGUGGUGCCACGUGACUUGACGCACGAAUUAAAAACUGCUCCCUUCUCUUUUUUUAUAUAUGAGACGGCUGAGACACACCGAUGGAGACAACGUCUGCUGCGUCUGCCGGGGCGGCAUCGUUAUCUGGGUUCCCAUUAACCGGAAACAGCGCCAAUCCGGCUCAACCGCAGAGAACGUCUACCUCCUCCGCCUCAGCGCGCAGAGCCCCGCUGCCGACAUCAUCGCAGGCGCCCCGCCUGUACGCGCCUCUCUUGUCGAUGUUAAACCCCAUUGAGGAUUCCUCCCUCGCUACACAGGCUACGCCGGCAGAAGACAAUCACCGUGCUGACACGCAAGAAGCGACGUUGCAGGACGCGAGCGCACGUGCAGCAGCAGCAGCAGCCAUAUGCACGACCGUUGGAGCAGGACGCUCUGUGUCGCCCUCCACCGAGCCGCGAACGACGUCAUCGGCAACGAGGGAUAGCUGGUGGUCAACUUGGACGCGGGUGUGGCGGGAGAUGCGGGCAGCGUGUGCACGGGAGGUACUGCCCAUCGAUCAGCCCCGUCUCUUCUCAGCGUCGGAGCGCGCCAAGAUGGCCCGCUAUGAGUCGGUCGACACCUACGAACCGGAGAGCAUGCUGUACAAGGAUUACCUAGAGACGCGCAGCCACGAACCUCGUUGGUUCAUGUGGGUCUUUGUGCUCAUCCUGGGCGUCAGCACGAGUGCCCUGUCGCUGGGCACGGCGGCCUGUUUGCACGUCCUCAACGCUGUCCGUUACGAGCUGCUCGGGUUUGGGCUCCGCGGCUUCUCCUUUGCCGACGCACACCGGUACGCGAACAGCACCGUGGCGGGCUCAUCGUUGGAUGUGUGGGCAAUGCUGAAAGGCCGCAACGUUGGCCUGUACGGCCUUGACGGCCCUCUCGCCUACGGCUCCGGAUACCUUCUCGUGCUGCUCUUUGCCUUGUGUACAUCGGCGCUCGCGAGUGCGGUGUGCUACUUGGUGCCGGAGAGCGUCGGCUCUGGCAUACCAGAGGUGAGGGCGUACCUCAACGGCGUGUCGUACCCGAUGAUGCGCUCCACACGGGUGCUGGUCGCACGGAUGGUGGCCGUGGUGCUCACCGUGUCCAGCGGCGUCUGCACCGGCCACUACGGUCACUUGAUGCUGGCAGGGGCGAUGCUCGGGGCGCAGCUGCUCCAACGACGCCAUGGCAUCCGCUGCUACCACGUGCACUUCGUGGACUGCUUCCGCAACCCGCGCGACCGCCGCGUGAUACUGGUGAUCGGCGCGGCAGCCGGGAUGGCCUCCGCGUUCUGCGUGUCCGUCGCUGGUCUACUCGUCAUUUUGGAGUUGUUGUCCGCUGUGUUUCCCGUGCGCUUUGCCCUCUACGUUUUUGCUGCCUGCCUUUUGUCCACGCUGUGCACGCAGGUGUACCUCUCCUACUGGGUGAACUUCGAUACCCGCUACCGCCCAAGCGGCGGCCUGCAGCGCGGCGAGCUGCUGUCGGAGGCGGUGGUGUUGUUCCGCACCCACCUGCCCUUUGGCCAGCACCCCGCCAUGAAUCUGAUGGACUUCGUGGCCGCCUUUGGCAUUGGGCUGUGCACUGGCGCGUGUGCGGUGGUGUUUGUGCGGGUCAGCUGGGCAGCCCUGUACUUGCGUCGUCGCUUAGAGGUGGCGCUGCGCAGCAAAGCGAUACGCUACGCGCUUCCGAUUCUGUUUACCUUGGUGUACGUGAGUUUGCAUUACUGGAUGGCUGUGGCCUGCACGUACGAGCCGCUUCGCCCUUCAGGCAGCGACAGCAGCAGCAGUGGUGGUGGUGGUAGCGCCAGCGGCAAUGGUGCCACUCGCUUCAGCGAUACCAACAGCCCAGCGCACCUACCAAUACCGGUGGUGUGUAAAGGGGUGCCAUACGCGGUACGAAGUGGGCGCAACGUCACGACCAUCUCCUUCUACGGCAUGAACGGGUUUUUGUGUCCGGCCGUAGACAUGAAAGGUGAAGACGCAAGUGGUCCGGCCUUGUCGAGGGAGAGCACUACCACCGCCACAACCGAUGGUGAUGGUGCUGCUGCUUCAGCGGUCCAGGCGUCUUCUUCGAGUGCGCGUACGCCCGCCGUGGCGUCACAGAAACGACGCAACCGCCUCACGGACGAACAGAGCGUGCGUGUGAUGGACACCUACGCCUCCCUCGCCUUCUCCUACGCGGACUCCGCCCUACAAACCCUGCUGAGCCAGCGCACCGCGGGUCUGAUGCCGUGGCGUGCGCUGGGGACCUUCACCCUUCUCUACUUCUUUUCGUCCGCCGUGUACUCAGGGUUGGCGUUGUGCGGAGAUACGCUGUUGCCGUCGCUGGUCAUCGGUGCGGCACUUGGGCGAUGCGUGGGGACGGUCGUCCACGUCGCAGCCACCUGCGUGCUUCCCAGUGCGUCGUCGUGGGCAGACCCUGGCGUCUUCGCGCUCUUCGGCGCCGGCAGCUUCGUGAGCGCCACCUCCGGCCUCAGCUUCGGGAUCGGGGCCAUUCUGAUCGAGUCCACCGCCGACUUUCGUCACCUGCUGCCGCUUAUGUUUGCCAUCGUCGUGGCGCGCCGCGUGCUGACGCGGUGGAGUCGCGAUAUGCUCACCGUGUACCUCGAGGCGAGGGCCGUCCCGCUGCUGAACGCGGAGCCGUACUUGGAUCGUUUUACCCUGCUGGACGCGCGGCACGUCAUGCACGGCCCCGUCGUGGCCUUGCCCGUCGUGUGCAGUCUUGAGGACAUUACUUCGGUGCUGCGACGCACCACGCACCACGGCUUCCCUGUUGUGUCGGCGCACGAUGGUACCUGUAAAGGUAUUGUCACACGAGCCCAGCUGGAACUGAUGCUGUGGCACCUGAUUAUGACGCAGGGCCGCGUUUCGCACUGCACCUACGACGUGCUGCAGCGUGUCGAGGAUCACGGCUUCCACAACCACUGCGAGGGCAGGGACCCGACAGAGUUCCUGCCGCCGUCGAGGCAGCCGCGCCCCACGCAGAUGUCGCUUUACCCACACGUCGACACGUCCGCCUUUACAGUCUUGGACACGACGGCGCUGUCGUGCGUGUACGACAUGUUCACCACCCUGGGGCUACGUCACCUCAUCGUGGUGGAUCGGUCGAACUAUGCGGUGGGCGUGAUUACCCGCAAAGACCUGACAGGGGAUCACCUGUCCCGCGUACAGACGGAAGAGGAUCGACGUCGGGCUCCCCCGCGCACGGGCAACGGGCAAGGCAACGGUGGUGGCGCCUCGUCCUCCGCGGUCACGGCUCGCGAUGCCGCCUUCGCAGCGAUGCGAGCUCCACUGCAUCCUACCGCGGCUCAGGUGGCGGAGGUGGCACGCACGUCCUCCACGCGGCGGCUGUAUGACCAACAGCAACAGCAGCAGCAGCAGUAG